UUUUGCACCGUUCAUAAAUAAUGUUUUUCGAUUAAACAUGUCUUUCAAAUUGUGACAACGAUGAAUUCUGAUCAGAAUUGUAAUAAAAUUGAAAUUUCUUUGGAUCAAGAAGAUUUUGAUCCGGAAUUAGUUCUAUUUGGUGAUGUUCAUGUGAAAAUUCCUGUUCCAGAAGCUAGAGUUUUCAAUAAUUUGGAUGAAUAUUAUAAAAGCUCAUUUCAAAAAAAGAUUCAAAUUGAAGGCAAAAAUCAACCGAAAAAUCCUGCUAAUCUAUAUGAAAGAAAUGUUGCAUUUUUUCAUAAAGAAAACUCUAAUUCGACUGAAACACCUAGAAGACGUUCCAGAGAAUUAACCGAUGUGAUAAAAAAAAUGGAACAAGCCAAAAAGGGUCCACUAUCUUUAUUAUAUGAUUCAAUGGAUAAAAUAGUCAAAAUACUGAUUCGACGACGUAAAGCUUGUUUGUUGCAUGAUGAAAGAUUUUCGUGGUUAACUGGACGAUUAAUUGCAUUUGAUAAACAUUUUAAUUUGGUCAUUGAUGAUGCAUUGGAAACCUAUCGUCAUCAGACAAAAUCAUCAUCAAUGGACAAUUCAAAUAAAACAACAAUUCGAAUAAUAAAUAAACAAUCAAAACAAAUGGUCAUUCGUGGUGAUAAUAUUGUUUUCAUUGUUCGCCAAAAGGAAUUAUAA